UGCACCUUCCCGCUGGACACCGCCAAAGUACGGCUGCAGAUCCAGGGCGAGGUGCGGAUCCCCCGGAGCAGUGUCACCGUGGAGUAUCGGGGUGUUUUGGGGACGCUGAGCACCAUGGUGAGGACGGAGGGAGCCCGCAGCCUGUACAGCGGGCAGAUGAGCUUUGCCUCCAUCCGCAUCGGCCUCUACGACUCCGUGAAGCAGCUCUACACCCCCAAGGGCGCCGACA